GGACUGCGGCGCGGGCAUCGUCGAGGCCGAGCAGGGCAAGACGCCGGCUAUUGUGGAGCGCGUGCGCAUCCGCGACGGGUACAUGGUCGAGGGUCGGCGGGACGGCAUUGUCGGUGUCUGGACGUGCUGAACCAAAAGGAUGUGGCCCGGGCGAGCCAGGGCAUGCUGGGACGAUUAUGUAAAUAUGUAUCCGAAGGUGUAUGAAUAUGGGUCAUUCAGGGUUAAGCUUUUGUAGCGGAUCCAUGGGAUCGGAUGAAACUGGAAUAGCUGCCUAUGAGGGGAGGUUAGGUUGCCUGUGCGAGCCGACCUGGGAGCCAUCACGAGGUGGUUACUCAUGGCCGCCCGGCCCAUCCGAUCCACUGCAGUCGGUUCUCCAGCCGCCCAAAUGCACACCAAUCGGAUGUAAGCCGGAUCCCGAAAGGGCAACUGGCGAAGGCCUCAGCUCGGCGAGCCCAACGUCGGCAAAGAACCAUAGGGCAUGCCACUCUCGUCAUUAUGGAGUUUACGACGCUGAGAUGCCUGUCUUCUUCUUUAAGAACCAGGCAGCUCCGGUCAGAAUGAGCAGUACUUACCCGGACUCUGCGAUGCCGACCACGACCAGUCUCGCUUCUCGGAUUGAAAAGCAGGCGAGAGUCCACAGACUUCAAUUUCAGUCUUGCUCUGCAGGGAAGUGAGCCAAGUCAAAGAAAGGGACACAAGGUGUUGCUCCUUCCAGCGUAACGUCAGAGCGCCUUC